UUGAUGUUUUGGUACGCCGUGCGCAUGCGCCUCACAUUAGAAUUACUGCACUGGGCAGACUAAGUUGGAUCGCCUCUCUUCAGUGAAACCCUCAAUCCCAUCAAAAACUAAAGGGAUGUGGAGAGUCCGGAAAAGGGGCUACUUUGGGAUUUGGUCAUUCCCCUUAAUAAUCGCCGCUGUCUGUGCGCAGAGUGUCAAUGACCCUAGUAAUAUGUCGCUGGUUAAAGAGACGGUGGAUAGGCUCCUGAAAGGCUAUGACAUUCGUCUGAGACCAGAUUUUGGAGGUCCCCCAGUGGCUGUGGGAAUGAACAUUGACAUCGCCAGCAUCGACAUGGUUUCUGAAGUCAAUAUGGUGAGUAUUGAGGUUUAUGGCUAUGUCUCUGCAGACCUUCAUUUCGGGACAGGGAGGAGGAGGGAGCCAGCUUUUGGGGUGGGUUGUGCGUGAGUUUCUGUAUGAGAUGAGGGAGAAUUCACUGUGUUUGAGGUUACAGAGUUGGCUGUUUGUGGUCCCUGGUUCAGAUUCCUGGGACCUGGCACAGAGCGAGUAUAAUGCAUCACGUACUGACGCGUAAAACUCAGCCACAUGCAGGAGACACCCUGUGGAAGCCACAUUUCUUGAGGCUCAAUGGGAAACCCAGUUCAUCAAGUCAUUUUAUGGGUUUGGAAUGGAGUCAGGGGAAGAGGGAAAGGUCUUGAUUUGACAUUUAACAGAGAG